CACACACACACACACCCAACCAUCAAGCCUCGGGUCUAAUGAAGUGUGGCGUUGUCAGUACAUUCAUCCAGGAGUUCCUCCGACUAUAUCAAUGACCAAAUCUGCUCACCAACUAUCCACUACAUUAACCAACUGAGUUUCUCCUCAACCCGGCGGAGGGACGCAUCCUACACGCCAGUUUCAGAUUAACAUGUUCCACACAGCCACCAAACGCUGUUUCACAAUCGAGUCUUUAGUGGCGAAAGACAGUCCUCUGUCGCCGGAGGAACCGCUCCGACCCACCGCUCUCAGUUAUCCGCCUUCCGCCGAUGCGUUCCCCAACACCUUCCAGACAGCGGGGCGCUCUCUGUACUCGGGGCCGGACCUAAUGUUCCAGGAGACGGUUAGUCACCCCUCGCUGCCUGUCCACCCCCACCAGCUCGGGACCCAUCACUUGCAAAGCCCACACCCGUUCUUCUCGUCUCAGCAUAGAGACCCCCUCAACUUCUACCCCUGGGUCUUAAGGAACCGAUUAUUCGGACACAGGUUUCAAGGGUCGGACGGUGCCCAGGACACUAUGUUACUGCAUGGACCUUUCGCCAGGAAGCCCAAGCGGAUCCGCACCGCCUUCUCGCCGUCGCAGCUGCUGCGCCUGGAGAGAGCCUUCGAGAAGAAUCACUACGUGGUGGGCGCUGAGAGGAAGCAACUCGCCAGCAGCCUGAGUCUGUCAGAAACCCAGGUGAAGGUGUGGUUUCAAAACCGGAGGACAAAAUACAAACGGCAGAAGCUGGAGGAGGAGGGCCCCGACUCCCAGCAGAAGAAGAAAGGCUCCCACCACGUCAGCCGCUGGAGGCUGGCCACCAAACAGUCCAGCCCUGAGGACAUAGACGUCACCUCGGAGGACUAGGCAGGAGAGGUGUGGCCAGCGAGCAGCGAGUGCGAGGGAGAUUUACACAAAUAGCAUAUGGACGUUUCCAACAGUUUAAGGAGAACAGAGAAGUAUUUUGCAGACCAACGCGUUGACGAUCAUUUGGGUGCCCUGAGCAAAAAAUAAAUGUUGUGGAGGCCAGAUCUGAAAAUGCACUUCGUGUCGCGGAUGGAAGUGUGAGGAUCUUUGCCAGUGACGUUUAACCAUCCGCUGUAUAUACAUAUAUAAAUAUAUAUUAUAUUAAAAGUUAUCUGAAAACAAUAAACUUUUUUAAUUUAUUUGAUGUUCCUCUUUGAGAUGUGGCUCUUGUAAGCAGAAAAGAGAGCUGCGAAGGUUUGAAAGCUUGGUCCUCUCAGCUGUCACGGUGUUGGGGGCGGCGGGUGGAGGGAACGAAACGGGAGCGGCCUGGUUUUCCAGAGAGGAGUUGUCGCUGUAUUCAGGUUGCGAGCUUGCUGUGUCCCACUGCCCACUAACGGGGACUUCCCGUGCGGGAAAUGUUUGCAGAGUCCCCCCCACCCCCCGCAGAAGCCCCGAUGUACGUGCAGUUAUGAGGGUGUCACACGUGUCAUUGCCAGGUAGAUGUGGUUAGUGGUUUACCCGUGACAUUUCCGCGUCUUCACCCGUGUUCUUGUGAAUCACCGACUGUCACCGGGACGGGGCCACUGCUCCCGCCAUCCCUUAAAUCCAGGACCUUAUUCACAAAACGUUCAACCUGUUGGAGGUGCAGUCUAAUCGAUCCCCAACUCCGACACAGACACAGACACACAGACACACACACACACACACACACACACACACACACUGUCACUCACACACACACAGACACACACACACACACACGCACACUUUCACACACACACACACACACACACUUUCACUCACACACACACGCUUUCUCACACACACACAUACACACACACACAUACACACGCACACAUACACGCUCACACACCCACACACAAACACACACACUUUCACACACACACACGCACACACUUUCUCACACGCACACGCACACAUACACGCUCACACACGCACACAGACACGCACGCACACUUUCACACACACACACGCACACAUACACGCUCACACACACACACACACACACACACACAGACACACACAAACACACACUCUCACACACACACACAUACACACGCACAUAUACACACGCACACAUACACGCUCACACACACACACACACACACGCACACACACACACACACACACACACACACACACACACACACUCACACACACACCCAUUAACGGGGAUACCUGUUGAGACAGCUCCUUGUGUUCUGGGUUGAUUCUCUAUGACGAGCCAGCCGUUGGUUGAACACACUCCCACUGGGCUGGGUUAACGUGGGCUCCUCACCGUGAGCCCAGGCUCUUUCCCCCUUCCCCGAAAGCCAAAUGUAAAUAGCUGUGAUGUAGUUCAUGAUCGAGAAAUGAUGUGUACGUUAGAAAGUUAACAAUUUAUCAUUUUGCUUCCCCCUGCGUUCUCAGUACACCAAUAAAGGAUUGUAA